AUGUCUGGCGUCACUGAAAAGGCACGCAUCGCCUCAUUUGGCGGCAAGCUCCUCAAACUGAGCCACAAUGCCUCGACUACCCGUUGCGAGAUGUCCUUCAAUUUGUAUCUGCCGCCUGGAGCUAUGGACAGCAGCGACUCUGGCAAAUUCCCCGUAUUGAUCUAUCUUUCUGGUCUGACUUGCACUGCGGACAACUGCUCGGAGAAGGGCUUCUUUCAACAUGCGGCCAGCAAGAAGGGUAUUGCUGUGCUGUACCCAGAUACUAGCCCUCGUGGCCUGGGCAUUGCUGGCGAGGACGAGUCUUAUGACUUUGGGUCCGGCGCAGGCUUCUAUGUCGAUGCGACCAAGGCCCCCUAUGACCAGGGUUAUAACAUGUACAGCUACGUGACUGAGGAGUUACCCCAGACUGUGUUCAAGGCGUUCCCGCAGUUGGACUCGAGCCGGGUGAGCAUUACCGGUCAUAGCAUGGGUGGACACGGCGCGCUUACUUUGUACCUGCGCAACCCGGGCAAAUACAAGUCCGUCUCGGCCUUUGCUCCCAUCGCCAACCCCAUCAACUGCCCCUGGGGCCAAAAGGCUUUCAAGGGCUACUUUGGCGAGGACCAGCAAGAUAAGUGGAAAGCGCACGAUGCGACAGAGCUCGUGAAGAAAUGGAAGGGGUCCGAUCUCGAUAUUCUCAUCGACGUGGGCACCGGAGACAACUUCUACAAGCAAGGCCAACUUCUUCCCGAACACUUCCAGGCUGCUGCCGACGAGGCCGGCCUCAAGGGCGUGAACAUUCGAUUCCAGCCCGAUUACGACCACUCCUACUUCACAAUGGCCACGUUCGCGGAUGACCACGUCGAGCAUGCAGCCAAAUAUUUGAAAUAG